AGUGUCCUGGAGAAAAGGGCACUCGUUCCUUCAGUGCAGUUGAGCCUCUACGUGCCUGGCAGUGGUUGCAGCUCAGCUUCUUCACAAUGGUGGGUCCCAAUGGCAACGAAUCCAGUGCCACAUAUUUCAUCCUAAUAGGCCUGCCAGGCUUGGAGGAAGCUCAGUUCUGGCUGGCCUUCCCAUUGUGUUCCCUCUACCUUAUUGCUGUGCUAGGUAACCUGACGAUCAUCUACAUUGUGCGGACGGAGCACAGUCUACAUGAACCCAUGUACAUCUUUCUUUGCAUGCUUUCUGGCCUUGAUGUUCUCAUCUCCACCUCAUCCAUGCCCAAAAUGAUGGCCAUCUUCUGGUUCAACUCCACUACCAUCCAGUUUGAUGCUUGUCUGUUACAGAUGUUUGCCAUCCACUCUUUAUCUGGCAUGGAGUCCACAGUGCUGCUGGCCAUGGCCUUUGACCGCUAUGUGGCCAUCUGCCACCCCCUACGCCAUGCCACUGUGCUAACAUUGCCUCGUGUAACCAAGAUUGGCAUGGCUGCUGUGGUGCGGGGGGUUGCGCUUAUGGCACCCCUGCCUGUCUUCAUCAAAAGGCUACCCUUCUGCCGGUCCAAUAUCCUUUCCCAUUCCUACUGCCUGCACCAAGAUGUCAUGAAGCUGGCCUGUGCUGACAUCCAUGUCAACAUCAUCUAUGGCCUCAUUGUCAUCAUCUCAGCCAUUGGCCUGGACUCACUUCUCAUCUCUUUGUCAUAUCUGCUUAUCCUCAAGACUGUGUUGGGCUUGACACGUGAAGCCCAGGCAAAAGCAUUUGGUACAUGUGUCUCUCAUGUGUGUGCUGUUUUUAUAUUCUAUGUACCAUUCAUUGGCUUGUCUAUGGUGCACCGGUUUGGCAAGCGGCAGGACUCUCUCCUGCCCAUCAUCCUGGCCAACACCUACCUGCUUGUUCCUCCCGUGCUCAACCCUAUUGUCUACGGAGUGAAGACAAAGGAGAUCCGACAGCGCAUCCUUCGUCUUUUUCAUGUGACCACCCACACUUUGGAUCCCUAA